GCGAUCAGGAAACAAAUUCUUCCCACCCGUGAUAUUAAUAAAGCAGUGAAUGUUAAAAUAAGGAUCAGACUACGACAAAUUGCGAGCGUGGACGAGAAAAACCAAGCAAUUCGUCUUGUCGUUUGGCUCAGGUUUCAAUGGGUUAAUCCAUUCUUAACGUGGAAUGCCUCGGAGUUUGGGGGAAUCAAGAGUGUUCAUGGUGAUAACGAUCUUUUCUGGGUUCCUGAUGUUGCGCUGUUCAAUCAGGCAGGUCUUGAAGAUGAAAUUGAAAUUCUCCACAAACGUAUAUCCACAAAAUUGAUCAUCACCAACGAUGGUAAUUGUACGUGGAACACCCCGAUCACACUGACCAGCCAGUGCAGAAUUGACGUCUCUCUCUUUCCCUUCGAUAAACAAGAAUGUAAGCUUCAAAUAGGCUCUUGGACGUAUUCAGGACACAAAGUUAAAGUCACAAGCUCCGAGAAAAAUGUAGACAUGGUCGAUUUUAUAAGAAGUGGAGAAUGGGAGGUGGAAAGUGCGGUUUUAAGUAAUCAUUUCACAUAUUAUGGCCCCGAACAUAUACCAUACCCUGACAUCACCUUAACUUUGAAAAUCAAACGUCGCUCGUUGUACUACGGGUUACAAAUAAUAGUACCCAUGACUGUAAUUUCGCUGCUAGCCAUGUUCAAUGUUUAUAUGUCCGUCGAUGAAGGAUUGUUGUCAAAUAUGAUCACUCUAGUGGUGGCCAUUUCUGUUUACGCAAUAAUCAUAUCUUCUAAGCUACCAGAAACAUCCGAUAAUGUUCCAGUUCUUGAAAAAUAUUGUCUCGGAAUUCUUUUAACAGUUUUUCUGACUUCGAUUUACGGACCUCUGAUGUUGAUGUUCAAAAACGCUUCCACCAACAAGAAGCGAAUGAACUGUUUUUUCAGUAGACUAACGAAAUUUAUUCGGAGGAUUCGUUCGGUAUUUGGCCGGCGUUGUAAAUGUAGGAAAUCUCAAAAUGUCGACAACGAAACGAAUGGUUCCCGAAACACUGAAACGAUUGGAGGCGAUUGGGAGAUUUUAGGAAAUUUUUUUCGCAGAUCAUUACAAUUUUCGUUUUGGGGGUGUUGGGUGGGUUUUCACGCUUACGUGUUUAUCAUGCUACUCCUGUGAGUUGAAAGAAAAAUUCAAAUACAUAAUAAUCAAAAUUCAAAAUAAUUGAUACUGAACAUAAUCUUGCAUGCCAAAUUCUCUUAUAUGGUCAGUUUUAAUUUGGCUCUGAAAUGAUUCUUAGUCAAUACUGCACAUUGGCUGAACUGAUUUAAACCCUGGUCAAAUGAGGCUGGAAGUUGAUUGAUGCCAGUUGCAAUGACGCAACAGGUAACACUCCCGAUUUUUUUAACGGCCUUAAAUUUUGAUAAUGAUAAGUUUUUGAGAGUCGUCUACAGCGGUAUCUACUUUGUAUUACUUUCCGCCUUGAACCACAUGCAACUCUUGUUCUCAUUCGCCGGAUAGUAUAUAUUGGGAGUUUUCAAAUUAAACUAGUUAUGCAGACCCUUGUUUACUAAAUUACAUCGUAAUUACUCAUUUGACCCAACUUUUGGGCGCAGUAUGUAAAUAUUAGGGACCUUAAGAUUCUACGACGUGAAUUUCUUGGGUAUAUCCAUUGCACGAGCCAGAACUGGAAUUUCGUUUUUUUCAAACCUGAAAUUCACCUUGCAUUCAACCGCAUCUGUCUCUUCCAGAGAGAAACUAUCAUAGUCUUUAAAAGGCAGUUCCGGAUUUUUCCCACGGCAAACGAUAUCGUGUAAAACGACAAACUCGAAGUUAUCAAUGUAAGAAGAUUCAUAGGCCAAAAUAACAUCAUUUCUAGCUUUCUUGAACGAGCACAUUUCAAGUUCGCGUUAUCGGGAAGUACAGUAAAUCUUAAGGAUAUUUAAACGCGACGCCACCGCGUACAGAAUGUUUCUCUCCCUAGUGCCUUCGUGUUCCGGCAGGGCGUCGCGAAUCACCGCGUCGUAGAAUCUUAAGGUCCCUAAUUAAUGAAAAACUGAAAUUAUUGUGUUGCAAACAUGCCGAAGUGGUUAAAGUAUUGUAGUCAAGAUAGAAAAACAAUUUUUAGCUUUUUAGAAAACCAUUUAAAUGAGUAAAGAAACUAUAAACAUUUUAAUGUAUAUAAUAUAUUCAGUUUUAUGAUAAUAUUCACGU